AUGGAUCCUUCAAGAAGGAAUAAUACAGAUGAACAACGGUGUAUUAUUGGCCUACAAGAUUUGAAGAUAUCCAAUAAAGUUGAAGAUGUUACUGAGCAAGCGCACGGUGCUGUAACAUCGAACUCAAGUUCUCUUGCCAAAACUCGACCUGUGGGCGCAAUAGAGAGCUUUGUUCUGGAUAAUAGCCAAAAUAAUCGUCAGGAUUACAGCUUUUACGAACGAUCAAAUGUUAUUGCUGCGUCUAAGUUCGCUACACCCAAACGAGUAGAAACUAUUGCGUCGAUCAAUAAACGCGAUAUAAACACUGCAGCUCUGCCCUCGAGUCCAACGCGUUCUAUCGAUUCCAUAUCACAAAGGUCACUCAGCUAUCAAACAGAUGACCUAUACGAGAUUCCAGCUAUUCCAAAUGCUCACUUGCCACCACCAGUAUAUGAAAAUGUAGAUUAUUACGGUGAACAGCGAUCGCCGCAGCCGCCCUAUUAUCAUCAGCUGUACCAACAAGCGCCCCCGCCACCAGUUUCAGACGGUUACUACGAUACGCGUUACAGUAAAGCUCAACCCCAAGUGCCAGUUAAUUCCAAGCCUAAGCUAAAUCCAUUAGUGUAUGAAAAUAUGUUGUGCUCAGAUAAUGAUAAAAAAAGUGAAUUCAAACCUCAACAAAAUCAUGAUCAACGUUUUAUACAGCAGGGCUCAGUGCCAGGUCCCCAAGUACCUAACACUAGUAUCACCAGGAAUAUACAAAUGACAACAAGUGAGAAAAUCAAAACAGAUAAAGCCCUACCACCACCACCAUAUAAUGCAUGUCAAGACAAUCCCAGCAGUGAUUACACAGUGAUGAAGUCUGCUCCCCCAAAGUACACAGAUGUCAGCGCCUUUUUGAAGAAUGACAAUACAAUUGAUGACAAAAUUGUAACUAUACCCUCUACAGCAAUUUAUGCAUCAAUAGCACCAAGUGCUCAAAGGCCUAAAGCAAAUAUUGCUACUGAGGUUCAGACAGCUACAGCUAGUCCUAAGUUUUUCCACCCUAAACCCAAUAUUUCAAACAGUAUUGCAAAAGAAAAGCCUUUGUUAAAUGGGGGAUAUAACCCGAAAUCAGUGAUAGUUAAUAGAAUGCACAUAGUGGAAGACACCAAUGGUUCUGAUUAUGUUUGUAUGAUGGGAGGUUCACCAGCAGCAGCUGUGGCUACAGUAAACAGAGACAAUGUGUCAAUUGCCUCUGAAUCCAUAGGUUCUCGCAAUUUAGUAUCAGGUCUAACAUCUUUAUGUUCUCCUGCACAGUCACCUGCUCCUAGUCCUACCCCUAGCUCUGUCUCUCAGGUAUCUGGAGGGUCUAGAGGUUCUGGUGGCAGAAGCAAAAGUUUAUUACCAUACAGCAUUACUCCACCACGUCCAUCAGGGCCUAGUGAAGCCCAGCGGAAAAUAGAAGAGCUUACUAGACAGCUUGAGGAAGAAAUGGAAAGACAGGAUGAGGAGGGUGAAUACUUUGGUAUCUGUCAUACGUGUGGUGCUGGUGUAACAGGUGCAGGUCAGGCUUGUCAGGCAAUGGGUAAUCUGUAUCACACUAACUGUUUCAUCUGUUGCUCAUGUGGACGGGCACUUAGAGGCAAAGCCUUCUAUAAUGUGCAUGGCAAAGUGUAUUGUGAGGAAGAUUACUUGUACUCUGGGUUCCAACAAACAGCUGAAAAAUGUGCAAUAUGUGGACAUUUAAUUAUGGAAAUGAUUUUGCAAGCAAUGGGCAAAUCAUAUCAUCCAGGUUGCUUCCGAUGUUGUGUAUGUAAUGAAUGCCUUGAUGGGGUGCCCUUCACUGUGGAUGUUGACAACAAGAUAUACUGUGUCAAUGACUAUCAUCGCAUGUUUGCACCAAAGUGUGCUAGUUGUGGCAAAGGUAUAACUCCUGUUGAGGGAACAGAUGAAACAGUAAGAGUUGUGUCUAUGGAUCGAGAUUUCCAUGUCGACUGCUACAUGUGUUGCGUGUGUGGUAUGCAACUCACUGAUGAACCUGAUAAACGCUGUUAUCCCCUAGCAGGUAAAUUAAUGUGUCGAGCUUGUCAUUUGGCCACAAUUGGAGCAGCAACAGGGCCCGGUUUGUCACCAGCACCUCAUCUCUCGCCUGCUUCUUACCAGUAUAUGGGUUGA